AUGGAUAAAUUUAAGGAGAAAGUAGCUGCUCUUAAAGUUGAACGUGAUGACGCUGUAGCUCGUCUUGAAGCAUUAAAGGAAGAGUUAAAGACUGCACAAGAGGAACUUGCUUCUAAAGAAGAGGAAAAUAGUACUCUUACAAAGAAAUAA